UUGACAGGCAUGGGCAGAGGAAGAAUGAACUCACACUUCCAGGGCGUGGGAGCUGUGUAAGGCGCUGGGCACGGUUGAGGGCUGGACUGAGAUGGGUCGGUCCUGUCUGGUUCACAUCGAGGUGGACCUGGCCAUCAGAGUGUUCCGGAUGAGUGGCAACGUUGGCAUGGUGAUGUCCCUGCAGGCCAUCAAGGUAACUACCGUAAUGCCCAUGAUGUGCUGUUCAGUAUGUAUACAGAGCUGCAGACCCAGAAGAUCAGGAUCCCUGCUGAGAUGAACACCAACCUCAUGAUCCUACACUCCUAUAUCCUAGUCAAGAUCCACGUUAAGAGAGGUGAUCACUUGAAAGGCGCUCGCAUGCUCAUCAGAGUUUCCAACAACAUCAGCAAAUUCCCCUCACACAUCGUGCCCAUCCAAACAUCUGCAGUAAUUGAGUGCCAUCGUGCUGGUUUGAAGAACUCGUCAUUCAGCUUCGCCGCCAUGCUUAUGAGACCAGAGUACCGCAACAAGAUCGAUCCCAAAUACCGGAAAAAGAUAGAGGCUAUGGUCCGGUAUGAAACAUGUUCACCAGAUACAGGGAACCGAGACCUAACCCUGCCCCCCAGACCUAACCCUGCCCCCGAGGCCACACCCGAACCCAGAAAUGUUUGUGUUUGAUCCAGUGUGAACUUCCCCACAGAAACACCUCUCUCUCAAUUAAUUAAUUGUUGUUCGAUGACCUUUCAAAUGAUAUUAAUUACAUUGUCAAAGUAUGUGUAAACACUUUGGGUUUGGUCACUGAACUGGAAUGUAGGUUUGGAGCAUUGAAGGUGUGUUUACACAUAUACACACAUGUACACACACACACAUACAUGUGUGUGUACCCCAAGUUUAAGAAGGCACUCUUAAACUUGGGGUAAAGGUUGGGGUUAGGAUUACGUUUUGGGGUUACAGUUAGAUUACUGGGAAAAUAUAAUUUUAAUUGAGUCCCUAAAAGGUCCACACAAGUAUAAUUGUGUGUGUGUACAUGCGUGUGUGUGUGUGUGUGUU